AUGGCUCCGUACGAAGCAUUAUAUGGUCGAAAAUGUAGAUCUCCCAUUUGCUGGGAAGAAGUCGGAGAAAGAAAAUUGACAGGAGCUGAAAUCAUACUAAUUACUUCAGAGAAAGUACCAGUGAUCAAGCAGCGACUGGAGACUGCUUUCAGCCGACAAAAAAGUUAUGCAGAUCCAAAGAGAAGGGAUCUAGAGUUUCAAGUCGGCGAUUUCGUGUUUAUCAAGGUAUCACCUAUGAAAGGUGUGAUACGGUUUGGUAAAAAAGGAAAACUAGCUCCAAGGUAUGUGGGACCGUACGAGAUAGUAGAACGUGUGGGAGCUGUAGCUUACAAGCUAGCUCUACCAGCAGACAUGUCUCAAGUGCAUCCGGUUUUCCACAUAUCAAUGCUACGGAAGUACAUUUCAGAUCCCUCUCAUAUUAUACAAUCUCAGAGUGUGGAAGUAAAUGAAGAAUUAUCCUAUGAAGAGGAACCAAUGCAGAUAAUAGACACUCAAGUAAGAAAACUUCGUACUAAAGAAAUUCCGAUGGUGAAAGUUCUUUGGAGAAACCACUCGGUAGAGGAGUGUACGUGGGAAACAGAGUCUGACAUGCGCAAGCGUUAUCCCUACUUGUUUUCUUAAGGUACGUAGCUCAAUUUAAAUUCGAGGACGAAUUUAUUUUAAGGGGGGGAGAAUGUAA